AAUUCUUCCAAUAGCCACACCGGAAACGGCCGGGUCGGGCCGAAGCUGAAGCUGGGAGGAAGAACUGGCAGGAGUUAUCCGGGUCCGCGAAGGGGAAGCAGUCAGCCAAACCUAAGCGUGGAGAGAGCCGAGCACAGGGCUACCGUCAGCUUAUACACGUGCGCGGCUCCGGCCCUCUUUGGCGCUGCUGCUUGGCCUGACCCUUCCCGCGACCUGUAGCGCUGCGGAGCAAGUGCGGAAGGCUUGACAGGCAGUUCGUCGCUAUGGAACCAGACGGGACCUACGAACCGGGCUUCGUGGGCAUUCGAUUCUGCCAGGAAUGUAACAACAUGUUGUACCCCAAGGAAGACAAGGAGAACCGCAUUCUGCUUUAUGCGUGCCGGAAUUGUGAUUAUCAGCAGGAAGCCGAUAACAGCUGUAUCUACGUCAACAAAAUCACGCACGAAGUGGACGAACUGACCCAGAUCAUUGCUGAUGUGUCCCAGGACCCCACGUUACCACGGACCGAGGACCAUCCAUGCCAGAAGUGCGGCCACAAGGAGGCGGUGUUCUUCCAGUCACAUAGUGCCCGGGCUGAAGAUGCCAUGCGCCUGUAUUAUGUAUGUACUGCCCCACACUGUGGCCACCGCUGGACAGAGUGACCCCUCUCUCUUUCUCCUAAUAAAUGCCAGGUUCUAUUUG